AUGCAGUUUACGCUAUUUACAAUCGUCAUCUUGGCUUUUGUUGCCAAUACUUAUGCCCAGUACGAGUCGUAUUAUAUACGCAACGAACCAUUAGGACUCAAUGUUACCUCUGAUGAUGACGGAUACGUAUACAUGGAGAAUGGCACCUUAAAGUAUACUUCUCAUGCAUGGAACAUAUACCCUGUCGCCAGCGACAUCAAGAACUGGGCUGUCUUUGAGAAGCAUUACGGAUAUAUCCGGUUUUUCACAGACAGCGAUGGAGGGGUUUCGGAUCUCGGUGAGGCAAGACUCUAUGAGAUUGAAAAAGUUGGAGACUAUUCCUACGUCAUCGACCUCCAGUCAAUAAACGAGCGGCGGCAAACUCUGGCGUGGACGGUCGAGAAAAAUUCAACAGACCCUCGGACAUACCUAAAACUACGGCCAUACAAGCGCUUGCCGAGCCAACGUUUCACAAUCACUCCCAUCAAUUAA